AUGGGCUCUCAGACAUCGAAGACAGUGGACGGACCGCUCGGUUCGGUGGAAGUGAGGGACAGACCGCCCGAUCACAAGAGGACCGGAGGUAUAAGUGAGUGUCCGAUGCAUCAGAAGGACAAACCAAUGGUCGCCUCCGAGUGUCCCAUAAGUCAAGACAAUUAUAUGCCGGUUGUGGCCAAUCAACAGCCGUCACCCGACCAGCCCUUCCCGCUUCCGACCGACCGUAAGGUCUCGUCGAUACCGAAAGCGGAGCCCAAGUCGGAGGACGACCUCUACUGGCAAUACCCGUCGGAACAGAUGUUCUGGAAUGCGAUGCAGAAGAAGGGCUGGAAAUGGGAUAAACCCGUCGACGGCGACCACAAGUGCGACCAAAUGAAGCCCAAAGACAUGUCGGAUAUCAUCAGAAUUCACAACUUUAACAAUGAGAUGGCGUGGAAAGAGAUCCAGAAGUGGGAAAUGGCUUUCCAUUUGAAUGAAUGCCCGAAUGGACCCAAACUGAAACGCUUCGGCGGCAGAGCUCAAGACUACAGCCCGCGGGCGCGGAUCCGCUCGUGGAUGGGCUAUGAGCUACCUUUUGAUCGACACGAUUGGAUAGUCGACCGCUGCGGUCAAGACGUCCGCUAUAUCAUCGACUACUACGACGGCCAGAAGUUGGACUCAAACAGCGGUAACUUCGCUAUACUGGACGUGAGGCCAGCCGUCGACUCUUUCGGCAACGUUUGGGACCGAAUGCGAGUCGCCUUUUGGCGAUGGACUCAGUCCUCCGAACAGUAG